CAAGUCAUCGUGUUAUUGCCAUCACGUGACAGCGUAUCGGUCUCGCGUCAAGAGCUUUGGGGGUAUCACGCUGUUUCUCCCUCAAUCUUACCCCGCGACAACAACAAACCAAAAGCAACAACGAAAAGCAUCGUCAAUCACCACCAAGCCAUGCAAUGCUCGUCCACUCACUGAAACCGUUGCAAGUGCCACGAUGCGCGUCCAGAGGACAUUUACCGUAGUGCCGCCUCCGGGGCCGGCCGAGCGAACGCCCCUCGACAACCGCCCCAUGACGUCCAAGCAAGUCCGCAAGGCCUACCGAGAAGCCAAUCGCGUCCCGCGCGUGUCCAAGGCAGAGCUCCGAAGACAGGAAAGGGCCGAGCAGGAGCGCAUCAGAAGGGAGCUUGAGAAGGAAAAGGCCGCAAGCAAGGCAAAGGCGCUGAGGGAGAAGAAACGAGCAAAGGAGCAGGCGGAGCGAGAGGAGAAGAAGAAGAAGGGCCUGCCCCUGGUCAAUGUCCGGCCCAGUCAAGACACCAUUGCGCGGUUUGUGAGGGGGAACGGUUUGGGGAGCAAGAGGGACUGUCAAGGACGAAACGUUUCCGGCGCGCCAGUAUUGCCGAUAGCGGAGGAGUCAGAGGAAGACGACCUUUCCAGCCCAAAGCGAACCUGCGAAACAUGGCAUGACCUCGGGGGCAUCGCCGAGGAGCCUGAGCAAGGUGAUGGCGAGCUCGAUGACAAGACUGUUUCUGAGAAGAAGGUGGAGGACAAGGACAAGUCUGCUGCUAUCCAGGAACUGGAGGCUGUUGCUGCCCUUGAACCUGUCACCAAGCUUGACACUGCGCUUGAAGAGCCUCCCGCUGAGGAUGUCACUGCUCGACACAAUGAGCCCAUUGGUGAAGAAGAUUUACUGGAGGGAUUUGAGGUCAUGUCGGACGACGAAAUCUCCAAGCUAUCAUUCAAUACGGUGAUUGCAAGACCCAGGGUAGAUGACGCAGAGUAUGGUUCCCCUGCAGGGCAGGAUGCCAGUCCGAGAAAAGAGGGGAAAGGCCUCGUUGGUGAGACCACACUCCAGCCAUCAGAUUCUCCCGUCUCAUUGAAGAACCCCGAACCCAUUCAAGAGUUUGACUUGAUAUCAGACGACGAGGAGGAUCUGGAGCUGGAGAUGCUGGCUCUGGACGUUGCCUUGACCUCUCAACAGCAGCUACCGAAAAAGCCAUUGAAGCACCCACUACCCCAUGAACCAGAGAAAUCGGUUCGCACAGCGGCAGAUUACGAAACGCAUCUCGGGCUCGCCGCUGGACUUAAAGAGAUGAGCCCUCCUAACCGCCAGGCGUGUCUUAUGCCACCACCACCGAUACCAGCUCCGCAGCGCUCGCCCUCCCUCAGCUCACCUGUCGCAAUGAGACGGCAGGCACCUCCUCUCAGCACCCAGCAGAUCCUCUAUAACAUGGACGACUUCUUUCCCACAUCAUCGCAGCAGGCAGCCGAAUUGGAGGAGGAGGAGACCACAUUCAUCUCUCAACAUACGAAAUCAGGCUACACGCCUACACCUCAGGCCGCAAGUGCUGUCACGAAGAAGAGUUCGCCUCUGCCUGUGGAGACAACGUCUUCAUCUCCUGGAACGCCGAAGCCCUUCUUUACUGCUUCGGGGACAAACGAAAGAAUGGCUGUCGCCUUGCUACACAGUCGACGAACAGCUGAGCGGGAGGAGGAGGAGAGGCGGCGGGCCGCCGAGUUGGAAGCCCUGGAAUUUGAAGAAGCCAAGAGGAGAGAAGCAGAGCGCCUUGCUCGGGGGAGGCAAACAGACAAUCAGCCAACAAAAUCGGCUGAGUCUACAAAGACGGAGACGUAUGAGAAACCGCAAGCCCCUCGACAGGCAAGGCCAGUUAGUGCGAUGUCACCACAGUUUCCGAGGGGCAGAGCGUUUAUACCGAACGCAAACCGUGCACCCAGCAGGGCGGUUACGCAGCGGAGGCCUCUUGUUGAGACACGCGCAAAUGUGGCAUUGCCUACCAAAGUGCCUCCUGCGUCUGAAGCGAAGAAAGAUUCACCUGUGGUCACGAUUCCCCAACAGCAGCUCCCUCCAACGUCAGACACAAACAAGCCCCUCCCUCUCAAGACACAAACCGGACCCUUUUAUUCUAAAGACCAAACUAUGCCUACCAAGACUUUCAACAAAGAGAACAAAAUCGCUCCUGAUUUCGAUGAGUUUAAGGACCUGAUGGCUUCUCAGGAGUCGGAGUUUGGCGGAAGCUGGAUGGACGAGCUUGCGACGGAGCUUUCCCUAUAA